CCACCAUUCGAAAUUAUGCCGUCGAGAUUCCCACAUUUGGGGAAUUCGCAAGGGGUCAGCACAACCAGAGUGCCAGCUGAGCCUCACCCUGGCCCUGAACGCACCACACGGAACGAGCAGAAGGAGGAAGAAGCAGCCGAGCAGCAAGCGGUCGGUGUCGGCCUGACACGGACAGAAAAGUCGAGCCAUCCGUCCGAUCAAGCCCAAUUUACUAACAAGAGAAGACAGUGGUCUGUGCUCAAAAUGCUGCUGAUCGCAGUUUUGGUCCUCCUGGGGGCUCAACUGACGGUUCAUGGCGAGAAGCAUUCCCUCACUUACAUCUACACGGCCCUCUCCAAACCUGUCGGUUACCCGGGCAUCCAUGAGUUCACUGCCAUGGGCUUGCUCGACGAUAAGAUGAUCGACUACUACGAUAGCGAGAACCAGGUAAAAGUUCCCAAACAAAGCUGGAUGAAGGAGCGACUACAGAAGGAUUACUGGGAUAAAGGAACUCAGUCCCGCCGAAGCAAGCAGCAGUGGUUCAAGGUGAACAUUGAGAUCCUGAUGAAGCGAAUGAGGCAGAAUGACUCAGACAUCCAUGUUCUCCAGUGGAUGCAUGGCUGCGUGGGCGAUGUGCAGGAUGACGGCUCGAUCAAAUUUAACCGUGGCAUGGACAUGUACAACUACGAUGGAAGUGAAUUCCUCUCGUUCGAUGAUGGGAACGGCGUCUGGGUGGCCUCGGUUAAGUCGGCGGAAGCAACCAAGAGGAAGUGGGAUGGUGUCCUGGUGCUGAAGGAGUACACCAAGGGCUACCUGGAGAAUGAGUGCAUUAAGUGGCUGAAGGAGUUUUUGGAUUAUGGGAAAAAGCAUCUGAAAGAAGUCUCUAAACCUGAGGUCUUCUUGUACACAACAAAAUCCAGAGUGGAGACCAAUGUGGUUCUGAAUUGCCUGGCCACCGGCUUCUACCCAAAAGACAUCAUCAUGCAGAUCAAACAGAACGGCCGUGUCUUGGGUAAACUGGAUGGACUGAAGAGCUCUAAUGUUCGUCCAAAUGAGGACGACACCUUUCAGCAGAGAGACUAUGUGGAGAUUUUGAAGUCUGAUGUGUCGACGUACAGUUGUCGGAUCAUUCAUAAAGCGUCUGACAUAGACAUUGAGGAGGUUUGGGCUGGAGAUUCGAACACGGGUGUCAUCAUUGGUGCAGUGAUAGUAGUACUUUUGCUUCUUGUUGGAGUGGUGCUGGUCGUCUUGAAGAUGACGGGCAAAAUCGGAGGUGCCGGACGUGGAGCCAGGGACAUCAAUGUCGCUGCGAUUGCCGUGCCGGCUGCAUCUCCUGCCAAUGGCAAUGCGGCUAACGCCUCGCACGUACUGCUCAACCAAAACGAAGGCCGAGACUUUCGCUCCUCUGGUAGCAACGAUGACUUGAAGGAUGGCAAAGGGUCUAAAGGAUCUCUGAGCGGCAGUGACUCUGGUGUCUCUUCAAGUGGUCGGGAAAGCCAGACUCCUGAGGCAGCGAGUCUCCUGAAUAACCCAGAAUCAGGCUGAAGAUUCUGCAAGUACCAGGAUGUCCAUCAGAGUAACAAAAAGACUCCCAGGAACCAAAUUUACCAAUUCAACAAAUAUUUCAGUCGCUGGGUAAUUGAUAAAAACUGAAAGGGGAAUUUAAAAGUCCAACAUCUUGCCAAACUGAUGGAUCACCUGGAAAAUGUAGUUCUGUUUGAGCUGCUGAAAAGGUUUUUAAAAAUUGAAACAAAGGAAAUCCCGUUUCCAUUCCUGUUCAAGCUGAUCCUCAAAGUUAUAGCGUAUUUUGGAUGAUUUAGAUCAUUGGACAGGUUAGUUUCUUCACAGGGAAGAGGUUCCAUGGGAAUUCAGAAGUUCAAAACUUAAAUCUGAAAUAAGUCAUAACUGUGAGCCAGACCCUUAAAACCAGGUCUGUGCAACAGAAUAGAGGAGAAUACAGGAGAAACAUGGAAACAAACUUUUAGUAAAGUUGUUUAUACCUAAUUUGAUACCAAAUUAGACUAAAACCAUCAGGUUGAUUGUUUUGUUCUCAGCAGAAGCUUUGUAAUAAGUGAAUUAUGCAUAGUGAAUGUAUAAAAGAAUGGGACAAUUUUGUAUUCUUCACAGAAUCUUAAAAAUGAACUGAAGAAAAAUAUACAAAACAAUAUAAAGGUGCACACAAAGAAGAGGGAUGACAAAGAAAUAAAGAUCUAAGUGCAAUUUUACUUAAUCCAUACAAAUUAUGGAUCAGUGAAUCAGUUGGAAAGAAGUUUUUACAAAUGUGGCACAGUAUACCUGCAGCCAUUUUGAGUACACUAGUAUCAUUUUAAUAGGCUGAAAGUAAUUUUAAAAAAUGGGUAAAAAGAUUUCAGUCUGAUUAAAAAAAGAAGAAACAUUUUACUGGUUUUAUGCAUUUAAUACUCUACUGUGUAGUUUUAUUAUUUCAGCUUUUUAAGUCAGUUACCAUUGCAGAUAUGUCAGUACAAUUGAUGCUAUAUAAUAUACACAUUUUCUGAUUUAUGUUAGCAGCCUACAGAGUUUAUGCCUUUUAAAGUCAUUGUUCAUCACAAAACAUAUGAUUGAUUGAUGCCUUGUGCAAAUGUUAUAUUAUCUGGAUUUUAUGUUUUUACUGCUGUGUUUUUUUUUUUGUUUUUUUUUUAGCUUUUUAUCAGUUCUUCAGCUUAAUUGAUCAGUGUGAUGAAAUUAACUGUUAAAAUAACAUGAACAGUCACAUUAUAAAGUGCACUUCUCAGGAUGAACAUGUUUGACUAUUGAAUUUGUCGGUCUUUGUCAGAAAUCUUUCGGGUACUGUGAAAAUUCCAGUUGACUUUGAGGAUAUGAUGAGAUAGUGCUGACAUUUAUUCAAUAUUUGCAGCUUCUGCCUUUAAAUGUAAUUAAUUCCCACUUUCUUCAACCUUAUUUCUUUAAAAAAAAAAAAAAAGACAUGAUUAUUAGAACUAAUUGUAAAGUUUUUCUGUUUUUAUGAGUGGGCUACUUUGAAUCGGCUGGAAUCAGCUGAAGUAUUCACAUAAUUGAGAAAGUGAGAAGGGUUUUUAAUAAUAAUCUUAAUAAAAAAGGCAACUUCUCUCUUG